CUUGUCUCCUGUCUUCUGUCGUUUUCUUUUUGCAGAGAUGGACGACAUGAUGGUGCAGCAGCAGUGCAACAAAAACAGCGUCUACGUACUGAACUCCAGCUAUCGAUACAGGGACUUCGACAUGAUAGAACUGUUUGGUUCACCAGCUGGGCGAGCAUUAACUGUGAAUAAUAGAACAGCUGCCGAAAUGCACUCAUGCAGCAAGCAAACGAAUGGCAGAAGCAGCAUCGGCAGCAUCAGUAACAGCACCAGUGCCAACAAUGUCCUGCAACAGCAACCUCUUCUCUACCACCCACUGCAGCUCUGCGGCUUCAGCGAAACCUGUAGUACGAUUUCGACGAGUGCCUCAUCAGGAGCCCUCCAUCUCCAACAGCCACACCUUUCCUCGUCAUCCGCAUCAACGACGACUGCCAGCAACAAAUACUCGAACGAAUCGAACGACCAUCUCAAGAGAUACAACAACAAUGCCAAAAGCAACAGCAAAUCCAGUGCCAAUUCGUCAUCCCACCACCAUUCAUCUUUGUCUUCUACUUCUUGUGCAAAUGCUGCCACAUCUUCCUCCUCUUCUCUACUGCCAACCAGCUACUCCAACAAUAACAACCACCGAACCAGCAACUCCAAGAUGGCCAAAAUUUGGAAGCUCUUCGAUGAGGACCGAAUAGGGAAGAGUGCCAAUUCCAGCAAUAGUAGCAGCACUGCUAACAGCAACAAUGGUACCACAAGCAAUGGCGGCAUCGGUGGACUAGCUGGAAGUGACAUUUUCAGUCGAUGUCAAAGCAGAAGAAACUCCAACAAUAACAACAAUCAACGUCAACAACAGAAACAGCAAUCACUUAACCGGGUACCGAGCGAAGAAAAAUCAACCAAGGAUCUGUACAAUGAGGCAGCCCAAUUGCUUGGAAUCAAAUGCAGCUUGAGUGACAGUUGUCGGUGCAUCGACUGUCAGAGCCAAUAUUUCGACUGUGAUGAUUACGACUCGUACUCGGAGUAUUCGGAUAAAUCGUACGACCCGGAGGACAAUUUUAUCGUCAAUCAAGCAGCAUCAGCAGCAUAUUUUUCACCAGAGGUAGCCUCCGAGCCAGCAACAAACCUCGGCGGAGCCCCGCAGCUGAUGAACGGCAUGAUGAGUAACAGCAGCCCACGCGGGGCAAACGAUUUGACUGGCAUCUGUCAUCAUCAGGACCCGGGUCACAUUGAUGAGGACGACGCAUCCUCCCACGACAUCGACGCCAAUCAGCUGGAACUUCAGCUGGAGGAAGACGAAGUGGGCCAUCGGCAUCGAGAAGAAUCCUCAGAAGACUACGAAGAAAACCGGCACGUUGCUGGCGUACGUGGAACUUUCGAAACGCUGCGGGGCCACGAAAAUGGGGACAGCAAUGCCAACAAUAGGAUUGAUCAAUAUUUACUACAUGGCAACAGCACAAGUCGUCGAAAUCGGUCGGAACCGGAAGAUGGGAAGCUGCUGAUGGGGAACGAUUUUCGCGGAACGACAUUUGAUUCGACUCCUCGAAUCGACGGAAUUUGCUGCCAGCAGAACCGGAAAACGACGGCGAACGACGAAAGCUGCGAAAUUGGUCAACGGCAGAAUGGCAGGGCCCUCGAAGGUUUCACUGCGGCCAUCAUCGGCUCCAGUGGCAACAACAGAACCGGAACUAACGAACCGGAAGCUAAUGGCAAUUUGAUAGCGUGAGGAAGAAGUGCCGUGACACAAUCCUCCAGUCAGCGAAAUCCCCUAACAGUGGCCUCCCGAACGUAGUAGAAGAUGACAUUCCGUUGGCAGCUGCCGACAGAAGCAGCAGCAACAUCAACAUCAUGAGUACUUCCUUCCUAGUUUUCCCGAGACGCGUGAGCGACAAAAAAAACUCCCCAACCAUCUACGACAAAAAUAUUUGCCAUUCUGCUUCAGUGCCAUCGAGUGCCGGUGACGACGAGGACGAAAACAACUAGAUGGCGCCACCAGUCUCCACAACUUUUUUGCAUUCCCAGAACACCUCAUGGAAGACGUCGUCUUCUCCCUCUGACAAGCACGUGACCGCAUCGAAAUAUGCAUAGUUUUCAGAAUGUGAAUCAAUAUUACGGAGUGCAUCUGAUCAUCAAACCAUCUGAAGAUUCGAGCUAAAAAAAAUUAUCCUGAUGGAUGGAAAAGCACCUUCAAACAGUGUAAGGAAAAAUACCCUCACU